AUGACAGAACCGGAGCUUCGAGAAUAUCUUUUAGGGAGGCGACGACACCUGACCAAUGACUUGGAGAAACAACCGUACGACGCAAUCACGUACCUUCGACGCGCCCUCGUAUACUCCGAAUUGGGCUAUCCUGACCUUGCCGCUGGAGAUGCGUAUCGUGCCCUGCUCCUAACUGAUGAAGCUCGCGAUGAAGGAUUCGAAUAUUACGAACAGGCCUCGGAAGCGCUCCGAAGCCAUGUCGGCGAGUCUGUGCCAGACAUCCUGGACUUUGGCGAAUUGUCCGCAGGUUGGGCAGAAUUCAACGCCCAGGCAACCUCUGAUGAAGAAAGACUAGAUCGUCUCGCAGUCCUAGCAUCUGGUCGUGCCUUUCAGAUCUUGUCUUUGAGUCUUCUCCUGUGCGGCUGCCUCAGGAGCUCGGCAACCUUCUGCCACAGAGGUCUCAGCGUGGCACCUGGGAACAGGGAGCUACUGAACUGCAAAGGCCAUAUCGAAACGUUUGCGCGCCGGAAACUUGGGAGAUCAGAGUUUGAUAUUGACGACCUACCUGAAGACGGCCUGGUGCGGCGCGAGGUCUACCCCUGGAAUGACCACGAGCCCGACCGGUUCGACCCCCAGUCACUCAAUGCGAUCAACGCCGACUUGGCGCACAUGGCACCAAAGUGUGAAGUCCGUGCAGCAACCUUGCCUGUGCUGCUAGAAGGCGAGAGCGAGACCGAUCAAUACGAAGUGAUCCCGACUUGCCAACAACUCGGUGUCUUUGCCAAGGAGGACAUAGAACCUGGCGAGGCAGUGCUCAGAGAGUAUUCGCUGCUGACUGCGAACAACAGGCUGAAGGACUCGGUAUGCGACGCCUGCGGCUCCGAUCUCCCACCUCUCGGGAGCGAAAAUGAAGCAGUGAACUGCAUUGAGUGUCAAGACACGGUGUUCUGCAGUCAGUACUGCCACGACCAGGCGCAGGAGCGGUACCACCCGGCUGUCUGCGAUCAAGACGUCGAUGCAAUCGCCAAAGAUCCCGAAGCACAAGAGACGGGCGACACUCUCUACCUCCUCCUCCUCUCGCGUGUUCUUGCUCUUGCCGUCCACGAGGACGUCAACCCGCUCGACGUGCGCGAAGUCAAGUUCAUCUGGGGUGACUUUGUGCCCAGCCGGAGCAACGACAUUGACCCUUCGCCCAACGCCGGACCGCCUCCCGAGUGGACACUGCCAUUUUCGUUCAAAUACAACAUUGAGACGCCUCUCCACGUACUCGAAAAGAUGGACAUUGACAUAUACAAGACCUUGCCGCGACACGACCUGUGGCUCUUCAACACGCUGUACGCCAAGUUCAGGGGCACUGCCUCGGCCAGAAAGACAUAUGCAGAUGGUCGACCUGACGUUGCGGCCGUCCAUCCAUACUGGUGUCUUGCGAACCACGACUGUGAUCCCAAUGUCACCUGGGAAUGGGGCGGCCGUAUGGUGUUGUGGGCUAAGAAGGAGAGGAUUGAUGGACGUCCCGGAGGCAUCAAAAAAGGGGAAGAGAUCCUCAAUCACUACAACGAUAUCACCAUGCCCGUCAAGGAACGUCGGGAAUGGGCACUAGGAAGUCUCGGGGGGUGGUGCAUGUGCCAACGCUGCCGGACGGAGGCUGCAGCCGCGACAUGA